CGCCGGAACCUUCUGCUCGAUGGCCGCCGCCUCAGCCUCUUCCUCCUCUUCUCCGGUGGCGGGCGGUGGGGGGUUCGGGGUGUCGGAGCUGACGCCGCCGCGGAAAGCGCUCUUCACUUCCCCCAAAGGAGCCGGGGAGCUGCUGGAAGAUGCAACAGAACGGUUCUUGUGUGAGGCGGUAUUUAGCUAUCAGGUGGCACACACGCGGAAACAGGUGAAACGAGAGCAACAGUGCUCACGGAUAGAAAAGUUAGCCAGUUUGGUUGAAGAGCUGGAGGCGGACGAAUGGCGCUAUAAACCAAUUGAACAGCUGCUGGGAUUUACACCCUCCUCUGGAUGAGUUAAAACAAACUGAAUUGGAUUCACUUACCAUGUUUGACAGCAUUGUGCGAAACUCAUUGAAUGGAAACUUGGCAUUUGUUGUGUAAAAAUGUGUUAAGGUCAUUUGUAUUAUCUUUAGUAUAUACAAUGCACUUGGAUUUUAAUUCAAUCUUAAUGGAGGAUGUUAAUUUUAUAAUACAUGUAUAGCUAUUUGUGAAAAUGUAAUGCAUUAAGUCGGUUAAUAAAUUUUGAUAGUGAUUUAAGACA